AUGAUUUUAAGACUGCCAUCCCCACCCAGCGCUGACUCCGACUAUAUCACUCGCAUCGCGUCGGCAGUAGCUCUUGCAAUUCUCUAUUACGACUACAUUUUGAUCUUCAGCGCUGAGGUGGCGCUGUUCUGGAAGGCAUGCUUCAGCUUGGCCUCAUUCAUCUUCUAUCUCAAUCGGUACUUGACAUUGUUCAGUCACGUCCUUGUUCUGUACGAGCUCUAUCGCGUCUCCGAUGAGAAUCUGUGGUCUGCAGCCAUUCAAGUUAUCGUUGCAGGGCUUCAGUUCUUCCGCCUGUAUGCGCUGUACCGAGGUAGUCGUCGGGUUAUCUCCAUGGUGUUCGCUAUCUUCAUCUGGUCAUAUCUGGUCAUAUUCGCAGACGCGGAAGAUGCCUUCGAGUUACAUACGAGAGAAUGGUAUACCUGGUGUUGGCUGCGAUCUCACUAUAACUGUGGCUCAUCUAGCUUCAGCUUCGAGGAAAACUUCCAGAUUUAG